CAUUUUUGAACGCGUAUAAUACUAAAAUGGAAAUUUUGCUGAAUCUAACACUAGACGAAAUUUGUGAGCAAAGAAAAGAUAAAUUUUCUUUAAAUUUAAGAAAAAGAAGGCUAUUGAAGUCAAAGAGAAAAAUGUUUAGUACAAAUGCUUGUCUUUAAAAAGAAAAAUACCUAAAAACAAAUCGUUUCUUAAAACAAUAAAGUCGUUUCCCGAGGACCUUUUCUAUUCCCAUUUCCGAAUGAAUUGGGCCACUUUUAAACUUGAAAAAAUGCCCCAUUACAGAGGCUUAUUUCACUUAAAUACAAACACAAUACCAAAAGCUUGGCAGGAGAUUUUAUCUUAUUUUAUGCGUGCACGCAUAAAUAUAAUUAUCUCUUCGGAUGUGCAUGACGGCAGCCUGAAACUCUAUGCCGAAUAUAUGAUGCGUUUCCAGGAUAUUAACAGUGACAUGCACGAACUGUUGGCUUUCGAAGAUGUGUUGGAAGAGCCGCUGCAACCAUUGUACGAUAACUUGGAUUGUUACACUUAUGAGGUCUUCGAAAAGGAUCCUGCCAAAUAUAAGCUUUAUCAAGAGGCCAUUGAACAAGCACUUUUGGACCGUGUUGCUGAAAAAGACAAGGAAAAGAAAUUGACCGUUAUAAUGGUGUUAGGGGCAGGUCGAGGUCCACUUGUACGUUCAGCGCUAAAUGCCGCAGAAAACACCGGGCGUAAAGUGCGCGUCUACAUUAUCGAGAAAAAUCCCAACGCUAUACGCACACUGAAUGCUAUUGCUAAAAAAUUGUGGUACAAGAAAGAUGUGCAUAUAUUCUCUAAGGAUAUGCGCGAAUUCUCACCACCUGAACCAGCCGAUAUUCUAGUCUCUGAGCUAUUGGGCUCAUUUGGUGAUAAUGAACUUUCACCAGAAUGCUUGGAUUGUGCACAAAAACUACUAAAAUCCGAUGGCAUAAGCAUUCCCUGCAAGUCUACCUCCUAUAUCAAUCCAAUAAUGUCUUCCAAGCUGCUUAAUGGUGUGCGUCAAGUGCUGCGUCACGAGACAUUUGGUCGGCAAAAGCAGGCCACUUAUCAUACACAUGCAGAGAGUGGCUUUGUUGUGCUACUCAAAAAUAUAUACAAUAUUGGCUUGCCACAAUCUUUGUUCGAAUUUGUACAUCCUAACCCUCAAAGUCCAAUUGAUAAUAGUCGCUAUAAAACAUUGCGCUUCGAAGUGGAAUUGGAUUGUGUGCUUACGGGUAUAGCGGGCUACUUUGAUACGGUGCUUUAUAAGGAUAUUAAGCUGAGCAUUAACCCACAAACGCACACGCCAGGCAUGUUCUCUUGGUUUCCGAUGUACUUUCCGUUCACGGAACCAAUGGACGUAAAAAAAGGUCAAACUAUUGAAAUUCACUUUUGGCGUUGCGUUACAAAACAAAAAAUUUGGUAUGAAUGGUGUUUGGCUGCGCCACUCCGCACCCAUAUACACAAUCAUGGUGGACGCUCGUGUCCCAUCUACUGUACAUAAGCAUAAAGACGUACGUUGCAUACGUUUAUAAAUAUUCUAUACAAAAAUUAGAAAUAUAAAAUUCGUUCACCGAAAAACUUGACAAAUUUAAAAUGAUUAAUAAUUUGCUAAAUUCUGUUAAGGGAUUAAUAAAUAAGUGUCUAUUAUUUCGCUAUGACUUUAAUAAUUGAAUCAGAAACACUUUGUAACCGAUUUCUUUAAGAAUCCGAAAUGUAUGUAUGUUGUAUUAUAAACCAAAUAUUUUUAUAUGAUAUUAAAAACAUUGAAUAGGAAAUGGCUAAUUUUUUCUUAAUAGCAUAAAAGUUACUCUACAAAUUUGGCUGUUUAUAGUGCAAAAAUAAGCUUUUAUUUACAGAUAUUUAUAUAUAUUUUCGUUUUUGAAUUAAUUUAUGUACUUUAUUUUUUGCAUUGUUUUGACUAUAACUUUUUUUAGAAAGCACAAACUUUAGUUCAUGCAGCAUAUUUUAUUAAACAUUUUUACCCCGUUUUUCUAUUGCAUUAUGAAUAAAGCCAAGAUUUUUUCAGAGCUAUUAAUGGAAUAAAAAGUUAUUAAAAACAUCAUUCGACAAUAUCAUAUGCUAGAAAUGUGAAAUAAUAAGACACAAACAUUGUAAAACAAAUGCUUAAUUUCCUCAUUUAAAUUUAAUAAAAAUAAAAUCACACUUAAUGCAAAAAUAA